AUGCACGCGGACGGAGCGUCGAGUCGACGACACUGCGGGGGUGGAGUUAUGCUCAUCUCCCCAGAGGGGUUCCGGCUAUACUAUGCCUUAAGCUACUUGUUUCCGACAUCUAACAAUGAGGCUGAAUAUGAAGCUGUGCUGAAUGGUCUUCGACUCGCCAAGGCCUUAGGAGUGAAGCGAUUGAGAAUCAAGACCGACUCCAGAUUGGUAGUCAGGCAGAUCUCAAGCACGUGCGAGGCUAAGAAUACGCGGAUGACUUUAUAUAAAGGGCGAGCGGUCGAGAUGUUAAAGAAAUUCGAAGCUUACGAAAUAGAAUACAUCUCCCGGGCAGACAACGUGGAAGCCGACAUAUUGUCUAAAAUUGCCUUGGAGGGAGUACCGGAUCAUCUUGUGAAGAUCUGCCAAAAGGAGGAGCUAGAGCGACCAAGUAUCGAGGAAACAACAGUAGAAGUCCAGCAGGUGACCGGCGAGGAAUGGGACCGAGAGAAGAACCCCGAGAUGUUCUGGAUAAAGGACAUCCGGCGAUUCAAGGAAACAGGCGAGUUGCCGGAGGAUCCGGGAGUCGCCGCUAAGGUUCGACGAAAAGCCCCCUCUUUCGAAAUCAUUGAUGGGCAGCUAUACAAACGGUCGUUCAGGGAUCCUCUGUUGAAAUGCUUGCUCAGGCCCGAGGCCGAAAAAAUAAUGGACGAGGCUCAUAGAGGUAUCUGCGCCGCACACCAGGGCGCCCACACGCUCGCCCGAAAGUUGGUCGUCCAGGGGUAUUAUUGGCCGACCAUGAUGCGAGACUGCAUCGAAUGGAUAUCCAAGUGUGGCAUUUGCCAAGCGUUCGCCAGAAAGGACACUGGGCCGGCUACCUUCUACAAGCCGGUCACCACGGCUAUUCCAUUUGCUAAGUGGGGAAUCGACUUGUUGGGGCCGUUACCAGCAGCUCCCGGGGGCCUGAAAUUUUGUGUCGUAGCUAUCGACUACUUCACCAAGUGGGUUGAGGCUGAACCGUUGGCCACUAUCACUGAGUACCAAUGCCGACGCUUCCUAUGGAAGAAGGUGAUUUUCCGCUUCGGUUUACCCGAGCAUAUUGUCAGCGAUAAUGGGCGACAGUUUGACUGCCAGGCGUUUGCUGACUUUUGCCGCCGACACGAUAUCCGCCAUACCAAGCAGCGAGCAACCGGAGAGAGCCCAUUCUCCCUUGCGUACGACUUCGAAGAUAAGGUCCCAAUUGAAGUGGUCGAGCCCACUCACCGGGUUCGCGCUUAUUCCGACACAGAGAAUGAAAAAAGUCUUCGAAUUGAGAAAAAUUUUCCUAGAAGAAAGAAGAGAAGCUGCGAGUGGCCGGAUGGUCGAAUAUCAACAAGCGGUAAAAAGAUAUCGCGAUCGAAGGAUUAG